ACGGCAGACACACGUCGGUGCCGUCUUAAAAAAAAUGGUGAAGUCAAAGUGCAUCAUGGCUAAAAUAUUAGUGCUUCUACCGUUCCUGUGUUUCGCGAGUGCACAGUACACAGCCUCAAAUCUAGUAAAGAACAUUUACAAUGAAUGCCUAAGUCAGUAUUCGGUGGAAUGUGUGAAACCCAGAGCGUUGCAGUGGAUGUCGCUGGUAGCCAACGAUGACGAGAUCAAGAUCACUGAAAACCUUUCGAUCGUGAAGACUGCUGAAGUUGAAGAAGCCGAGGCGGACCCUAGGCUUGCAAAGGACCCUGCUUAUGAAAUCUUCGACGCAAUAGACCGUUUCCUAGAUACGCAUUCGGUUAGAGUGAAAGUGCCUGAGGAGAUUACAAAGAGUGCUGCUUCAGAAUAUGUGCCCAGGUCCCUGCUAAAGGACUUGCCUUCUGAAUUGGAUAUGCCUUUGGAUGGUGAAGAAGAUGCCCAGGUCUUCGAAGGCAGGAAGAAGAAAAUCAAGCUGCCUAAGCCUUUGAGAAUCAAGAGCAAGCACGGUUUCAUUAAGAAGGUUCUCCUGCCAUUCCUCCUCGGUCUGAAAUUCAAGGCUUCCGUUCUGGUUCCGCUGGCGUUGGCUUUGAUCGCUCUCAAGACCUGGAAGGCUUUGACGCUUGGUCUCAUCUCCCUUGUUUUAUCAGGUGCCAUGGUAAUCUUCAAGUUCACAAAGCCCAAGGUAGUGAACUAUGAAGUGAUCCACUACCCUCAACACCACGUGGAGCACCACGUUGACCAUCACGCCCCAGCGUGGGACGCCCACGGCCCAUACCAAGCCCGAUCAUACGAGGACGCCCAUGACGCCCACGAAAUCGCUUACUCCGCCCAGAUCUAACCGAC